AUGGAUGACAUGGCUGGUAUUUCCAAGGCGCUCCGUUGCGGCGUACGUGGCACGCCACGUGUGCGCUUGAGCAGCAGCGCGGCGCAUCUGAGUUACCGAGGGGUGGCGAUUCGGGAUUAUGUGCGCAUGGCGCGGGUCGUGAUGGACACAUACAGACUCGGCGAGAAAGGCGUGCGAUGUAAUGAUAUCCCCGGACCGUCUCAAACGUGGCUCGCUCCAUCUCAUUCACUCCUCCACCAAUCAGAUCGUGAUGGGCGACGACGACACCUUCUUCAGCCCGCGCGCCAUAGCAGCCUUCCUACGGCAGUACGACCACCGCGCACUGCUCUACUUAGGAUCCACCUCCGAGACGCACGCGCAGAACGUGGAGUUCAAUCGCGCCAUGGCGUAUGGCGGCGGGGGUUCGCCGUGUCCGCGGCGCUGGCGCGCGCAUUGAGCGAGGGAGAGGGCAUGGAUCCAUGCCUGGAGAGGCAUGCGGAGCUGCGGGGGAGCGACGAGCGCGUGGCUGCUUGUAUCAGCGAGCUGGGUGUGAGUGUCUUCCUAGCGUGGCUCGGUGGCUUCACCACAAUCCAACCGCUGCUCUCCUUCCGUGUGUCUUGCAUGCGUCGCCCUCUGAAACUUUCUCCUCUUUUCCCCACCUCCCGCCUCCAUUCCCUUCCCCACUUCCCCUUUAUUCCCCCCUCUUCCACACCCUUUCCCUUCCUUACCUUGAACCCACACCUCAAACGUGCUCCUUUGCAGGUUUCUCUAACUCCGGCACCCGGCUUCCACCAGUGCGACUUGCACCGCAAUCUCUUCGGGCUGCUCAUGUCACACCCCGCACAGCCGCUCCUCUCCCUCCACCACUUUGACACAUUGGACCCGAUUCUGCAACCCAUUGGCAUUAAAGACCGCGCGCAGGGGCUUGCCAUGCUGGCACAACGGAUAAGGCCCGACCCAGUCGGGUUUGCACAGCUGGCAGUGUGUGGGGACGGCGCCAAAUGGACAGCAGCCAUCUCGUGGGGGUUCGCCAUCAAGAUCUACCCCGGGGUGCGGCAGCUGUCGGAGUUGGAGCGGGCAGAGCGCACGUUUAAGUCGUACCGGUGGAACAAGCGUGCCCACGCGUUCACCCUUGACACGCGCCGCCGGGAGCCCGAUGCGCCUGCGUACAAGCCAUGUGCGCUGCCUUUCACACUGUACGCCACUCACGUGGGCCCAUUGCAACACUCCUUCAACGACAGAAGCCCCGUCAACGACACACAUGCUCGUCCUAUCAGCACUUUUGUUGGUUUCAGUGCUGUAUCACAAUCCAGGGAACACGUCGACGAUACCGAGGAGGAUUGGCCGGAGAACGGCCGCGACGACAGCGCUUCGGGGGACGAAUUGGCUCCUGCCGACAUCGAGGAGGACGAAUGGUGGAAUCGGCCGGUCGGGAGUGACGACGAAGUGGAAGAGUGGCGGGCUGUUGGUUCGGACAACGACGGAGGCGCCGAUGCUGAUGGUGACCACGAGGAGGUAGCGGCGCAUGCACCGGAUGCGAAUGCGGAGGCUGGCGACGAGGCGGAUAACGUUGCUGUGGAGGGAGAUCUGAGCAUUUGUCACCAUGGUGCGGAUGCCGUCUUAUUUGACAGUGAAAGCGAGGACGACGACCCGUGGAGCAUAGUGGCAGACGACAAUGUUCCGCUACUGAAGCGGAGGCUGUGCCAUCGCCUACAGUCCAACCCGAAGCGUGCCCGCGUGGUGCUCUCUGACGACGACAGCCCGGGGGAGGAGCGUCGCCCGAUACUUACCGCUACAGAGAAGGGUAAAACCAAGGUCGCGGAAGCCCCUGCUAAGGCCACUGCUCGUCGCCGCACAAGCAACAAGAAGCGAAAAACCGACAGCGACCCUGGAUCCAACAAGGGUGUUGCUAAGAAGAAGGCGAAGAAGACGCCAAAUCCGGACGACAUCGUGGUCAACGAGACGCUGGGCAGCGACGAUGAAUACGCGGAAGCGGCGGGCCCGAUUCCUUCAUUCCCUGAGAAGCCCACGCCGAAAGACUCCACCCUCAAUAAUCCCAACACCCGCCCACCUUCCCCUCGCAGCAAGGACACUUCAAAAAAACGACGCGGAUGGACCAGGCCUCCGCACCCCGUGGUGCUGCAGUGGAUCGCGGAGGCUUGGGAUCAAAUUCCCAAGCAGGUGAUCAUCGACGCGUUCCGCCACUGUGGGAUCUCAAGCAAGCUAGACGGAAGGGAGAACCACCUGGUGAUGUCGCAUCUGCGCGCCAGGAGCACCACCGACGUAUCCGAGGACAUGUGCCUCGGGGGGACCACAGGCGACAACACGCGCCUGCUUGGGCAGGCUCCAGAGGAGGAGGAGGAGGAGGAGGAGGAGGAGGAGGAGGAGGAGGAGGAGGAGGAGCAGGAGGGGAUGCAGGCGGAGGGCGUGAGGGAGGUGGCCGUGGCAACUGGCUUGGAGGUGCUGUACCAGGAGACCCCCGACUACUGCGGAGCGGUGGCCGAGGCUGGCCACAUGAUCGAGCCUAGGGAGACGGCUAGGCAUGCCUGGCGAGUGCCAGAUCUGCGUGUUAGAGAGCCUGCUGUUAGUGCAGGUGAGGAGGCGGUGACUGAGGGGGGCUAG